AUGUCCAUCUCAGAACGCCUGUAUAUCCAAUGGCUCCCAGACGAAGCCUCCGAGCCCACCUCCACCAUCGUCCUCACCACCCCACACCGCCGCUUCGUCGACCUCCGCUUCCUCAACCCUCCAUCGCCCCCCGCUGCAUCCCCACCCACACCGCCCACAUCCCCGUCACUCGAAUGGGGCACCGCCGGAUACUCCGCGGGCACGCCCACCCACGGCACAUGGACGCACGACCUCAGCUCCCGCCCGACCCACCCCGACGGCGAGACAGACGUGGGCACCAUGGAACCCCACCCGAGUCUUCCAGACGUCGAGAUCGAGCGCGGGCGCAUGGCGCACCUCGACACUGGGGAGGUGCGCGCGUACGAGGAGGCGUGGCGCGCCGUGCCCGUCCUCCCCGACGAGUCGGGAAAACGUAUCGCCGUCCUGUUGGAGAUGCGCCGCGACGGCGGGGACAUGACGAGGCGAGGUACUGUCGUGCGCGUCGGGCAGUACUGCCAAGGGAUCGUGCGCGACGGCGGGGAUAUCUCCGUCCAGCGUUGGUUGUGGACGGCUGGCGCAUGGGCUAACGUGGGGCAAGUCGGUGGAUUCGACAUCCCCUGCGACGCGACUUGGGCAGUUGUGCAGGAAGGAGACACCGUAGAGCGCAGUGGUGCUGUUUGGGACGUGAAGGAAGUUGCCGUGCUGUGAACGAACUAGCCUCUGCCGUUAAGCAUAGCUUCGGAAACC